AACAAACGCUUGUACUAUCAGGUCACUUUGUUUUGACUUUCCAUUGGAUGCGAAUGUUGCCAAUCAAAAAAUAAACCAAUAAGUGAAACGCAAGGAGGCAACAUUCGCACCUCUCAGCCAAUCGUUGCUCGCCUGCCGGUAAUCGCGGCGCAGAUUUAAAAGUGAAAUGAAGCUCGUCAACAUAUUUUAGCACAGAGACAGAAGAUAGUUAAUGCGACAAAUCCGUAUGCCGAGGCGUGAUCAAUGCAGCGUAAGCCAAGCUCUCUGGAAUCCACCUGAUAAAUAUCUGAGAAAAAACAUGUGGACGGUCUUUCGGAUGCCUCCUGGACCUCGCCAUACGCUUUCCUCACGGCUGUGACAGGACUCGAGGGCCUGAAAGGACGCCGCUCCGCUCCCAUAGAUAGACAGAGAAGCAGAGAAGCACUGCAGGGACCAUGCUCAGCAUCCUAGCGGCCGGCUCCAUAUUCUUCCCAGGCCUUUUCCUGCUGUCCAAGCGAUGCCUGAAAUACGCACCCGGUCUGAGAUGGAGCGAGGGCGACGCUGUCAUCGUCUCUGCCAGACUAGUGUCAUCCGUUCAAGCCAUCAUGGCCUCCUCUGCUGGGUAUAUCAUCGCAUCAUCUUGUAAAGACAUCAUUGAAGACCAGCAUUGGCUCACCAGCACCUACAUCCUGUUUGCGGUCCCUUACUUUGUCUAUGACAUUUACGCCAUGUUCAUGUGCUACUGGUACAAGAUGCAAGUCAAAGGUCACGAGGAAGAGGGUGCGGUCAAGCCUAUGGGCGCAGCCAUUGGCAGCUACCUGCGGCGUGAAUUCCUCAUGGUGCUACAUCAUGUUGUUAUGGUUACCGUCUGCUUUCCAGUAUCUGUGUUCUGGAGGCAGGGAAAGGGGGAUUAUUUCCAAGGUGUAAUGUUCCUGGCUGAACUAAGCACUCCAUCCGUUUGUCUGGGAAAAAUACUCAUUCAGUACAAGCAGCAGCACACUCUGCUUCAUAAAGUCAAUGGAGCUCUCAUGCUGGUCACUUUCUUCGUCUGUCGAGUUCUUCUCUUCCCCUACCUCUACUACGCCUAUGGCAGGUACGCGUCCAUCCCUCUGUACAUGGUGCCGCUAUCCGUCCCCUGGCAUUGUAACUUGGGGGCAGCUCUGCUCAUGGCUCCGCAGGUCUACUGGUUCUCUCUGAUCUGCAGGGGAGCUUUCCGCCUCUUCAGUGGGGCGUCCCGCCACCAGCGCCCCCCACUCGGCAGCACAAACUCUGACCCCAAAACCCCUAUCCUGCCUCCCGCCAACGGCUACAGCCCCCGCGAGACAGAGAGAGAGCCCAGCUCACACUGAAAAUGAGAGAGAACAGAAGAUGGAUGGAAAAGGGUUGUGAGUCUAACAGGGACUGUUUUGAGGCCUCACCCUAGAACUUGAGGGUUAAUGCUAAUAUUAUACAAGUAGUGGGUGUCCCACUGCUCCGUUGGGUUGGGUAGGGGUUAGGAGAAAAAGGUGAGAGUGAGAGAGAGAGAGAGAGAGAGAGAUGGAAAGACUGAAGAUGUGAUUGUCUCCAUCCUUUCUUUUUUCCUCUGCGGAAAAAUUCCAGGAGCAUGUUCCUAAAGCCUGCGUCAUACUCUCGUCAAAGCAAAAACCGCUGAUGCGGAGCGAAGUUCAGACCAAACACAGAUUGUAUUCUUCAAACUGAAUAUGAAAUAUUCCAUGAUUGAAUUUCAUACAGCUAGGGAGAGGGAGAAUGUAGUAUAUUGUACAGCAGUGCUAGCCCAUCAUUUGUACAUGACCAUUACCAUAUUAACCACAAAAAAGGGGAAAAAUGCAACAAAGGUUAUUUCAGUAUUCCAGUCUGUGGCCCUCCAUUGUGAGAAUGAAGAGUGAGGAAAGAUGGAGGGAUGGAGAGAGGGACCCAUCUUUCCAGCUUCUGUCUCUUUGUGUAGCUUCAUUCAUUUCAUUGUUUCAUGGAGAGGACUGGAAAAAGGAACAGCUCUUCUGUCAGUCUGUACAUAGCAGAUGUAAUUGGUGUCAAUUUUUGAAUAGUUUUUUUAUUAUUAUUUAAUUAUUUAUGUAGAAUCAAAUGUUAUUUAUUUUACCCUCCUUAUUUAUUAGUUUUUAUUCUUUACUAUGACUAGAUUAUUUUACAUAUAAGCUACUUUCUGCCUCUGAUUUGCCACAAUUGGAAGAAGAAAGAUUUGAGAAGGAGCCUGGAGAGAUGAGGUUGCUUGGUAGAGCACCCAGGGAAACUGUAGUGGUUCUCUGAAUGUCUGUAUCCAAGUAGUUUUUUCCAGACUUAAAUGUAGGGCCUUAAACCCUAAAGUGUGCCAGUACUCAGACCCAUGAGCAUUCACCUUUAUUAAAGGAAUAGCUUGACCAAACAUGCUAACAGGGCCAACUAUGAACACUAGCUAUUAGCCAACAGUUGGUAAGAUAUCCAUCAUGCUGUGGGUGAAUGUUCACUUUCAUUUAUUAUUAGUAGCAUUAGCGUUUUUUGACUGAACUACUCUUUUAGGACACAUUGGUGAGUACACUAUGGAGCUUUUGUUACAUUUUGCAGUGGCUAAAUUCUGCAGAUUGAAUUGAAAGAACCAAGCAGAUUGCUAAAGUCUCUUGACUCUGUAAAGGUGAGAAUGCAUUUGGUGUUGGAGUUGCUCUUUAACUUUUACACUAAAUGUGUUAGUUUUCACGAUCACUCAACCCAUAAGCAGUAUUAUAAGGGAAAUAGGAGAUUUUCUCUUACCUUUACAUUACAUUUAUUCAUUUGGCAGAUGCUUUUAUCUGAAGCAACUUCCAAGUGAGACUGUUACAUUUUCUGUGUUUCAGAAGCAGAAGACUCUUCUCUGCAUCACUGAGCUGGUAUCAGACAAUACAAUGCACUGAAUAGUCUGAGAGGGCUUUUACUGGAUCAAAGUCCCUUAUUCCAUAACCACUACAGUAGGUUUUUAAUGAGACAAUAGUUUUACUCCUCUUAUUUAUUAGAAUGUUUUUUGUUUAUUCCAUUCACAAAGUAAAUGUGCUCAAUGGCGUCUAUGUAGCUACGACAGCCACAUGCUUAACAUGUUAACUCUCACGGUACGAUGAGUAGAUAGUUGUAAACCAGAGCAGCACUGAGUCUAAGGGAACCAAAACUGAAAUGGGGCCAGUAUCCUGGAGCAUGCUCAGUAGGGCAAAGCUGUAGACAGAGAUUCUUUUAAUAAGAGCGGGUGCAAUCUCUCAGAGCUUUAUAGAGCUCUUGGUCAGCUCCGUAAAACUUCAACUGCUCGUUUUAAACUGCUGGCUUCUUUUAAAAUCACUGAUUUUUUUAGUCUCAAUUUAGUAAGAAAAAUGGGAAGAUUUUUAAUCGGCUUUUUGCUUCAGGUAUGCUUUGCAACACCCAGCUUAAUAUUCAUCAAAGUGUCUUACUUAUUAUUAAGAGCAGAUUUUUUGAUUGUAAAAAAAUUGGGUUGUAUCUGUUGUCAGUUAGGAGCUAGGAAGCAAGUUCAGCCAAUUCGGCCACUUGAGGCUUGUACUUUAAUAGUUGCAUAGAAUGAAUGACAAAAAAAAUUAAUUAAUUAAUUAAAUGGCAAAUAUUUGUGUGGCAAUUAAUCUUCAGCUAAAAUUUCAUGAUUGUGACAGGCCUAUUAGCCUGUUAAUCCCUGACAUUGGUUUGCAUAAAAGAAGGCUAAUUCGAGACCCUUAGAAGAGACAAGAUACAUGGUUUUAAACAUCGAUUUUUGAAAUUUAAAUUAUUUUAAAUUUAAUUAUUUCCAAGGUGGCAUUUUUGACAGUUGUUUCUUCAGCUUUGCAGUUUUUGCUGAAGAAAAGUGGUCAAAUAUAAACAGCUUUCUGUUUAAUGUUAUUGCAAAACAACAAAGAAAACAUGCUUAUUUAUUUAAAAUGUUUUGACGGGCAGUGUAGCUCUGUCUGAAUUUUGCAUUGUGCUGUGCCCUACUGAACGUGUCUCGAACUGUAGCAAAAGUGUUGAUUUUAGGCCAAUGACAAGGGACCCUCCAGAAUGGGAAACACAAGUAGUGUUAAAUGACUGGGAGAUGGUGACCUCUGUACCCUCUUUGUUGUAAUGAUUAUUUAUUUAUUUAAGUAAUUUAUGUAUUUAUUAUUUAUUUGGAGAGGACUGAAUGUACAUAAUGAAUCCAUCCUGUAAAUGUUCUGCUGAAUGGGCAUCUGUGGCUGUGGCUGCCUGGCCGAAGGCUCUACUGUAACUCUACUGUUCUCUCAGCUAAAAUAUACUCCGCUGUCUCCUCCUGUACUCAGA